CUCUCUCUCUCUCUCUCAAGUUUUGAACAGAGCUUCAAACUUUAUCUUUUGUUCAUAUUUGUGUGGCCAUAGUUUGGAUCUUCUUUGUAAUAUUAUCGAUCAAACAUAUGGCUCUUAAGCCAUGAGGAGGAGAGAAGCUAUAGCUUAGUUUAGCUAGAGUAUCUACUUCUAUCUCAGCUUCACUUCUCCCUCUGUUGUUUCUUUUCAUAGCAAAACUCUCAAAAAUCUAAAAUUGUCUCUUGGGUUGGAGCCAAAGAAUUCAGAGAAGAAACAAUCAAGGUGUGUUUAUACUUUAUAGUGGCUGAAUAUGCAUACAUGCAACUCUAUCAAGAUCCAUAUGAGUCAUGGUGGCUAGCUGAAGCUUAGCAGUUCAAAACGAAAAAGAUGAAAGCUUUGCAAUUUCAACAGCAACAACAGGUGGAUGAGAACAUGUCUAAUCUAACAUCAGCUUCUGGUGACCAAGCUAGUGUCUCUUCUGGAAACAGAUCAACUGAAAUCGGCACGAGUAAUUUUAAUUCUCAGCAAUAUUUUCCUCCACCGCUGCCUCAAGCUAAUAGUCAAGGGGUGAAAAGGAAGAGAAACCAGCCAGGAAACCCAGACCCAGAUGCAGAAGUAAUAGCUCUGUCUCCCAAGACUCUCAUGGCAACGAACAGAUUCAUAUGUGAGAUCUGCAACAAAGGGUUUCAAAGAGAUCAGAAUCUUCAACUCCACAGAAGAGGCCACAAUUUGCCAUGGAAGCUAAAGCAGAGAUCAAGCAAAGAAAUAAGGAAGAAAGUGUAUGUGUGCCCGGAAGCCAGCUGUGUGCACCAUGACCCUUCAAGAGCUCUUGGAGACUUGACUGGGAUCAAGAAGCACUUUUUCAGAAAGCACGGUGAGAAGAAGUGGAAAUGUGAGAAAUGCUCAAAGAAGUAUGCGGUUCAAUCAGAUUGGAAAGCUCAUUCAAAAACCUGUGGCACCAGAGAGUACAGAUGUGACUGUGGAACUCUCUUCUCGAGGAGGGACAGUUUCAUCACCCACAGAGCUUUCUGUGAUGCUUUAGCAGAAGAGAGUGCAAGAGCCAUAAACCCAACACCACUUCAAACCCUCUCCUCUCCUCCUCAAUCUCAUCAGAUAAACCUCAUGGGGGGUGGUGGACCUCAUCAUAACCUCAACUUCAACUCCCAUGGCCAUGACCUCCAUGCAUACAACGCAUUCAUGAAGAAGGAGCACAAUAAUGAUCAGCAAAUUGGCAGCUUCAGUUCCACCAACAGUCUUCUACCACCUUGGCUCGCUUCUGGUCCACCACCUAGUGUCAACUCUAUCUUCUCCGGAAAUCAGGAUCAUCAUCACCAUCAUGAUUUCCAGCAGAACCUGGAGUUGGGUCCAAACCCUAACCCUAGCUUGGGGUCCACUCUCCCUCAAUUCCAGGUGCCUGCCGCUGCAGCGUUAUCAUCCCCACCUCACAUGUCAGCCACAGCAUUGCUUCAGAAGGCAGCUCAGAUGGGAGCGACCAUGAGCGGCAGCAGCACCACCUCAGGCUCGGUCUCGGUGCCAGCAGGCAUCAUGCCCCGGACCCACCACGGUGGUCACGUGUCUGACUUCGGAGGUCACGUGUCAGCUGCCACCAACGGAGGAGUUGGGGGAGGAGGAGGAGGAGGUGCUCAUCUUCAACAGCAGCAGCAAGCCACCUCUCUUUUGCAUGACAUGAUGAACUCUCUGUCUUCGGGUACUGGGUUUGAAGGGACCUCGUUCGAGGACGCGUUCGGUGGUAUUUUCGCGAAGAGCAGAGAUGGGAGUAGGACUGGCGGAGCCGACGAAAAUGGUGGGGGUGGCGGCGGUGAAGGUUUGACAAGAGAUUUCUUGGGGCUGAAAGCAAUCUCGCAUAGUGAUAUGAUGCUUAAUAUAGCUGGUUUGGGAAACUGCGUGAGCAACAACAAUAGUAGUUCGACCCGUGACUCGCAGCAGAAUAAUCAAGUACCACAAAAACCUAAUUGGCAGGGUUAGCCUGGCCUGGCGGCCCUGUCCUAUCUCUAUAGCUAGCUCCAUCACCACAUAGAGAGAAAGACAGAAGAAAGUUGAAUAUAUCGUUUUCUUGAUUUUAGAUUCUCGAACAUAUGAUUUUGAGAGUAGCUGUAUAUAUUUUGAUCUAUUAUGUCAGUA